GUCCGCUCCAUCAGGCCUCACCCUGUCUUGCUGUCUGGCUCAUCGGAACGGAAUGUGGUAGAUGUGGUGAAUGCGUUGCGGAUGUGGUGAUGUAAUACCAGCCAUUCUUUCACCAUAAGACAACAUAUGCCAGCAGCAAGGGAGAUACAGAGAAGGGUCAUCGGGGUCCGGUUACAACAGCAGAGGAAGAAAACCUUGACAAACCGGUUCUGGGACCGCCCUUGAACACGAAACCACCUGCUCUAUAAAGAAGAACCCUCAGACCUCCAUCAGGCAGAAAAGACCGAGAACGGCACGCCGACUCAUCAAGGGAAAUAACAGCCAAAACAAUCCGUGCCUAACUAUCAACGAAGCUUGCCUGACACGAAUUACUGGGCAGCCAAUCUCCGCUGUAUCCUUAAGCCGAUUAGACGAGAAUUAGAGCAGAGGAGACACACGGGAAAAAAAAAAAAAAAACUGUCCUGUGCAUUUGACAAGCAACGCGGAUCUUCAUUUUCACUUCUGUUCCCAAGGGAAAACCUCCUCGCCAGGAUGAUGAUGCAGCUUACAGAAACCCCCAACCAGAAAAACUCCCUCUUCAACGCCAUGAACCGCUUCAUAGGGGCUGUCAACAACAUGGACCAGACGAUCAUGGUGCCCAGCAUGCUGCGGGACGUCCCGCUGGAUGAGGACAGGGAACUGAGCUCCAUGAAAUCCGACAUGGACGAGGGGGACAUGUACAGCUACUACCAGCUGCUCAAGUCCAUCCGCAGAGACAUCGAGUGGGGGGUCCGGUGCGCCGCGGUGGAUGAGAGGCGCAAGGAGAGCAUGAAGAUCACCCGCGUGAAUUCUUCUGCAUCCACCUCCUCCUCCUCAUCAAUGGAGGACGGCGAUGACGACGACGACGACGAGGAGGAGGAUUUGGAGAAGCAGUUCCAGUACCAUCUGACCGGGCUGCACGGGGUGCUGUCCAAGCUGACCACGCAGGCCAACUCUCUCACCAAGCGCUACAAACAGGAGAUUGGUAUCGGAGGAUGGGGCCAAUAAGCACAGAGCCCCCUGAACCUGGAGCCCCUCCCAUAUUCAGUGACUUUAUUACUGGAAUAAGGAAUCCAUCUGAACUGAAUUAUCAAUAUAAGCUGUAUACCCCCUACUUAUGAAAUUCACUGUCUUGAAUUUGAAUGGUAGAGAGGCGGAGGCAGCCUCUCCUGUCUACAGGCCCGUGUUGUGUUGGUCUACUCUUAUGCUAUGGACAGUUGAGGUGUUGAUCCCACAGAGAGCAGCUGUGUACUGAAUGCACAGGUUUCAUUUCCUUCAGAUAUUUUGCACUCUAUACAGUAAGCUGGAUGCGCCACGCCUUCAGCUCCUGUGACUCACAGAUGAAACGUAUUUAUAUGUGUAGCCUAUUUAAAUGGUGUAUAAUUUAUUACCUCACACUGUAUGCUGGAGAGCAGCAUGUUGCUGCAAAGUUGCAGAAGUAGCCUGCAUGAACUACAAGACAUGUUAUUUGGCACACCCCACCGGGGAAUACUGAUGUAAGAAUUAGCUUUUACAAUGAUGCUAAUGAUGUCAGUGUGUUCAGAUGUGUUUGUCUGUGUAUGACCAGCGCUACUUACAUUAUUUUGAUGUGUCUGUGUCUUUAAAUUGUGCUUGAAUGGAAGGAGGCAGAUGCUUGCAUGCUUGCUUGUAGCCCAUGAUCUCCCAAUGCCCUACAUGAUCAAUGAACUGGAAUCAACUGAUAAUUCUUUUGUGCAAAGAAUCAUGAAGGUUUCCAUGAGAUGCUUUGUUGUCACUUUUGUUUUGUCGCUGUUGCCAAUGUAUUGUCGGAGAUGUUAAAAUCCAGCUGUCAAUAUGAGCAAGAGCUUUUUUAUGGAUGACUCCUGUUUUUGUACUGUUUCUAAAAUAAACUUUUUAAUGAACAGAA